GAGAACCUGGGCCCUUCACCGGCAGCAUCGAACGAUGUCUGGCCUCGAUGUUUGCUCCAUCGCGGCAUCCCGGACCCACUGCACCACUGGGACAGUGCCUGCGAGGAGCAGGUCUGGAGAGCAAAUGCACUCCCUUCAUGGUUCCCAUGAUGGGCAGCGUGCCAUCCUACGCCUUGCAUGGCCAGGUGGCAGUGGUCACCGGUGGAUCCCGUGGCCUUGGCAAAGGCAUUGCCUUGGAAUUGGCUGCGGCAGGUUGCAUCGUUUAUAUCACUGGUCGAUCAACGUCCUUUCGACAGACAGAGGUCCUGCUUUCGGGAUCUGUAGAUGAGACAGCGGCACAAGCCACGCGGCGCGGGGGCGCAGGCGUCCCGGCCUAUGUGGAUCACACCUUAGACGUUGAUGUGCGGAAGCUGGUGAAAAUCUUAGAGGAGACCCAUGGCCGAGUGGAUUUGCUGGUGAACAAUGCCUUCUUCAUGCCAAAGCCAGAUGCGCUCUUUUUUGCGACUCCUGUUUGGAAGCAACCAUGCAGGCUCUUCGAUGAGCAGUUCUGUAUUGGAGCACGGAAUCACGUGGUGCUGACACUGUCAUGCCGCCAUUUGCUGAGUCGGGCUCGCGGUACCGUCAUCAGUGUCAGCUCGGCCGGCUCACAGGGCAACACCGAUGUUUUUCCAGUCUCCUAUCACGCGAACAAGGCCUGCUACGACCGGAUGAUGCUGGCCCUUAGCACAAAAUUCCCGGACGUGCCUAUGCUGACCCUUUGGCCAGGCUCCGUGGCCACCGAGCGUAUGGUCGUGGGCAAGCGGCGGUUUCAAGGUUGGUUGCAAGAUGCCGAGACGCCCAGCUUCACGGGUCGCGCCGUGCUGCUUUUGUCCAAGCUGAGCUUUGAAGCCAAGCUACGACUCAGUGGCCGGACGGUCACUUCCGCCGAGGUCUUGUACAUGGCUGGUGGAUAUGACGUGGAUGGCUACCGCCGUGGCCUUAGUGGUGUUGAGUUCCCAUCCGAAAGAGUGUAAUCCCCGGCAAAGCUGGGUGGCCAACAUAGGCAUCUCUGCUGUGGCGUGUUUCGCUGGUUCAACUAAAGCACUGGACUUUCCUUGAACAUGGAGAGGUUCAGAGAGAUUCAUUCUUGCUAUAUAGGGGCUGUUGGCUGUCAUUGUCAGAAGUUGUCAUUCUUUGCACACUAGCAUUCUCCCCAACUAUAUAAUCACUGCAAUCCCGCCCUUUAGUGAGCAUACCUUAGCCUUUGGAAGGCCAAUCAACUGGAUUUCCACUUCCGUCGCUGUCCUAAAAUUGAUCUGCUAUGAGGAUUGUCAAUGACAGCUGUUCUUUGUGAACCAAGUACUACCCUCGAGUACUAACCGUGAAUGGGACAUUAGUGGGACUCGGUGGUGUUUGUGUUUGUUGUUCUAGUGUGACACAGAUUCAAACAUAUUCAAACCAUUGACCCCUCCAAACUCCGGCUGUGGCCACUUUGAGCAUCCGUAGGGGAUUAUAUAGUAUCCUCCGGCAAACUUCUGAAGACAACUCCAGGGUCAGAAUCGUCCAACAAAUUCCAACAGAGGUACAUGAUUCCUGUCGUGGUUUGCCAGGUGUUGGACAACAAAUGCGUUGUUUGUUUCUUUCCCCUUUCCUUCACUGCUUUGUUCACUGCCAUUCAAGAAUUAGUUGCACCUCGGAUGUUUGACCUACACACAUACAUGUGAGGACCAAUGCCAGGAUUUCACCGAUGUGUGCGGCAAUCAGGACAUGAUCUGCCGCGUGAAACGAUGUUUGCCACCGCACAGAGCUUCCUGCAGGUGGAGCCAAGUGGGCGCCAGUGGAAGGGUUGGAUGUUGCUCUUGGAUGGGAUACACACUCCUGGAGUUUCUUAUCCAUUGGCUGGCUUGCUAUUGAGCCCAAAAUGUUGAGCUCGCGGCCGGACCCUCAUUUGUGCAGCGGUGUUUUAGGGAUGAUAUGGGAUUAUAUUUUAGGAGCUUGUUGGGUGUGAACCCUGCAUCGUACGGAAGCGUGACCCACUGCUGCAUGUCUGUGAAGAUAUGACCUAUCGGCCAGCAGUUACCCCGAAUUUUGGAGCUUAGAUUGCAGCAGUUUUGCCGUGAAACCUGCCAAAUUUGGACGACGGAUCUUUUUGGCUGAGGGCUACGUUGCGGCUAGAUUGGUUUGGCGGGAGGAUCAAUGCAAUCAAUGCUGUUUAUUCACUUUGGUUUGAGUUUACUUAUUCCUUGUUAUCUACUAAACCUGUGUGUGUGACUUGUUUUGGUCGCCCCAAGGAAGUUUUGAUAAUCUGGCCGAUCAACGUAGACCAAUCAAAGAACUUGGAGGUGGAUGAUAGAUAUCCCCAGUUCUACAUGCCGAGCAUUCCACUUCCGGCCCUUCUCCAGGCACCUGCAAAGACUCGCGUGACCGUAUGAGACACGGUCUAUGGAUGUCUAUGGCGGAAGCCGACGUUUUGCUCGCGGUCCUCAUUGUCCCCAGGACGGUGCCAACCUAUUUGUAGCUUAUCAGCCAUGGAGCACACACCAGAUGGCCCACCUCCUGCUCCCAGCACCUCCUGAAGUGUUCAAGAAAUCCAUCCAAAAAGCUGGUGACACCUUUGACGACUGCUGGACAC